GGGAUGCGGAUAGAGAGAGAGAAAAAGGGAAAACAUUUUUCCUCACACAGAGGGUUUAGGGUUGAAGCUUUUGAGAUCUUUGGUAGACAAAAAAAAAAAAAAGAAAAAAAAAUGGCAGCAUCCUCGAUUUCUAGAACAUCAUCCAUAUUCAUUCGGAAUUUCUGUAAAGCAACCAAAAGUUUAAAUAGUAUCUCUCAGUCAUUUACACUUCCAACUUCAGCUUCUUCUUCUUCGAAAUCUGCAAAUUUCUUCUUUACACAAACUCGAAUCUCUACUCCUCACAGGUUGAGAAGAGAGGCAUUGUUGUUGAAUACUUUGCACCCAAUUCACAGCGCGACUGCUGCUGCUUGCCUGGUUUCUAAGCUUCCCACGGAAGUUAGCUCAUCUAAUGACGGUAGAUUUGCCAACUAUGUCAGUCCCAUCUAAUGUCUGCUAAAUCUAAAAUGCUGGUCCUUUAUCCAUCAUGGGAAGUUUUGGAUUUUCACAUAAGCAGAGGUUCAUAAGAAACAGUUUCUUCCCUUUUCUUAAUUAUUUAAUUUUCCGAUGUUUCUGUUAAAAAAUAGUCCUUUGCUUCGAAUUGUCAUCAUCUUAUUGAUAGAAUAGAACAAACUGAUAAGAUAUAAGAAUGUGAAUUUGCCGUUCAAUGGGAGUUUACAAUGUGAUGGCACGUCAUGUUUCCAAACCACUAUCUAUGCAGUUUUAUAAAAUGUCUAGUUUUGCAGCCCAAAAUGUCGUAUUGUUUUUCAGAAUAAUGCUAUUUUUACGCUUUCUUGUUUGA